AUGUCUUCCCAGCAGCAGCAACAGCAGCAGCAGCUGCCCCAGAAGACCCAGCAGCACCAGGUGAAACAGCCCUGUCAGCCACCGCCUGUCAAAUGUCAAGAAACGUGUGCUCCCCAAACCAAGGAUCCAUGUGCUCCACAGGCCAAGAAGCAAUGCCCACCUAAGGGCACGACCACCCCUGCCCAGCAGAAGUGCCCCAUGGCCCAGCAAGUCCCCCAGUGUAAACAGAAGUAA